AUAAUAUCACUAACUGGCGUUCUGUUCUGGCGUUGGUACCGUCUGGAUCAUCUCCUUAGAGGUCUGCCUUCGGCUUCAUCUACAGCUUUUCUGACGGUAACAAAUUCCGUAAAUGAAACGGAAAUAGGAUGCGUCUUUCCGGAAGUCAAUCCGUACUCACAUUCACUGGAACAUAACGUGGAUCUACCCAAGAUCGCCUGCGAAGAAUACGAUUGGGUUGAGUGUAACAUGUCAAAAUGUGGAGUAAAACAACAUAUACUCGACACGGUUAGGGAUAUAGUAUGUUACUAUAGAGACAUUAUAAGCGAAUACGACCACAACUACACCAUCGCAGAGCCGGUUAAGCUGCUUCACGAUCAGGUGUAUACGCUGCAGAGAAGCGAUUACUUCAAGGUUUCUUGCACUGGUUAUGAGAAAAAUGGCUACGGCCUCAUAGCAUCAAGAUGGUACGGUUACAAAGUUGGUGUACGACCUCAAAACCCACCGUCGUCGGCUAAGAGGAAUAACAGUCUGAACAUACUCAUCGUGGGCUUCGACUCCACAUCCCGUGGUGGUUUCAUGCUAAAGCUGCCUAAGAGUUUCAGAGUGCUGAUUAACGAAAUGGACGCUGUGCUUUUAAAGGGUUACAAUAUAGUUGGGGACGGCACCGCGGAGGCACUGUUCCCGAUCCUGUCCGGGAAGACUGACAUCCAGCAUCACCCGCACGCCAGGCAAAUGCAUUCCAAGGACACACUCCUCGACCCAGACCUAUUCAUCUUCCAAACGGCGAGAGAAGAUGGCUACCACACCGCGUACUACGAGGAUAUGCCCUGGAUAGGAUCCUUCCAGUUCCGGUACAACGGGUUCAAGAAGCGACCAGCGGACCACUACCUCAGGUCGUUUUUCAUGGAACAGAGCCAGCGUGGCUUAAAGUGGCUCAGCGGUAUCAGACGCCGGUACUGCGUUGGGGAGAAACCAACAUUUUUGGUACUCCUGGACUUGACAAGACAGUUCAUGAAGGUCAAAGGCAAAAGGUUAUGCUUCACAUUCAUGGGCGACGUCUCGCACGAUGAUUUCAACAGGAUAUCCACCGUUGACGACGACCUGGUUGAAUUCCUGCGGCACAUCAAACAGUCUGGAUACUUGGAGGAUACGAUGCUUAUUGUUAUGGGAGAUCAUGGACCUAGAUUUGGCCCCUGGCGUGAGUCAGAUCAGGGUAAAGUGGACGAACGGCUGCCGUUCAUGUCCAUCGUCCUACCAGAGAGACUGAAGAGGGAGAGGCCUGACGCGUUGGGCAUUCUGCAAGCCAACGCUUUGGUGUUGACAACGCCGUUUGACAUUCACACAACGUUGUUGGAUGCGAUGGACUUGAGCCAGCACGCCAGCGACUUUGUCGUACCAAACGCUGUUCUGAAAAGGGGGCUGAGUCUUUUGAAACAGAUACCUCGGAGCCGCACUUGUGAGGAGGCGGAGGUGACCCCCCACUGGUGCGUCUGCCUCAACACGGCGUCACGCAACGUGGAGUCUCACGACCCCAUGUACGAGCGGGUCGUCGAUACUCUGCUGAAGUUUAUCAACGACGUGACUGAGGAGAAAAGAUCAGUUUGCGCCGUAAGGAGCUUGAGUCACGUCAUGUGGGUGUCCCGCCAGGAUCCUUCCGGUCCGAAAAGUUCUGCUGCUAAUGUUACCCGCGUCGUUUACUAUAAAACCUUGAUAAUACUGACUCCAGGGCCCGCUGCGUUCGAGGCAUCGAUGCAAUUCCACCCGCAGAGGGAUCGCUUCGUCAUCUCGGAGAGAGACAUUUCUAGAAUUACCGCGUACGGCACGGAACCUGCGUGCGUGAGUGCGACGCACCCACACCUAAACAAAUACUGCUAUUGCGUAGUCAGCCAGUUCAGUGCGUUGAAAUGGCUCAAACUAUAAUAUUUGAUAGAAUUCCAUGAAAUAUUAUGAAAAUUAAGCUAAAUUUGC